UUUAGGAAGGAAGCCACAAUUGGUCAGUAGGAGUAAAUUAGAUAAGAUAGAAAACAUAAAAAGCGAAGUCAAGCUGGAGAACUUGAGCAUGUACUCAAACAAACUUGAACUGCCGCGCAGAGGAAGAUCUUUUGACUCCAUGAACAUCGGCUUUGAGGAGAAGCUGCUGAAUAAUGAGAUAAACAAAUCAACCUUCAACAAAAUUGAAGAAAACACAGAGAAGCAAAAUACAUCAGAAAAAGGGAGAGCAACAAUUAUCUUUUCCCUUAAGAAUGAGGUGGGAGGACUUGUGAAAGCACUCAAACUCUUCCAAGAAAACCAUGUCAAUCUCGUGCACAUUGAGUCCAGGAAAUCCAAAAGACGCAACUCUGAGUUUGAAAUUUUUGUGGACUGCGACAGCAACCACGAGCAACUGAGCGAAAUCAUCCAUCUGCUUCGGAAGCAUGUAAACAUAGUAGACAUGAACCCUCCAGAUAACUCCUGCCUACACGAGGAAGAUAUGUAUGAUGUACCUUGGUUUCCGAAGAGAAUUUCAGACUUGGACAAAUGUGCAAACCGUGUCCUGAUGUAUGGCUCUGAGCUGGACGCCGACCACCCGGGUUUUAAAGAUAACGUGUACAGGAAAAGGCGAAAGUACUUUGCUGAUCUUGCUAUGGCCUACAAACAUGGAGACCCAAUACCCCGGAUUGAGUUUACAGAAGAGGAGGUCAAGACUUGGGGUGUAGUGUACAGGGAGCUCAACAAACUGUACCCCACUCAUGCCUGCAGGGAGUACUUGAAGAAUCUGCCUCUGCUGUCCAAAUACUGCGAAUGUCGUGAGGACAACAUCCCACAGCUGGAAGAUGUCUCGCGCUUCCUCAGAGAGCGAACCGGAUUCACCAUCAGACCUGUGGCUGGGUACUUGUCCCCACGAGACUUCCUCGCCGGUUUGGCCUUCCGUGUUUUCCACUGUACCCAGUAUGUCCGGCACAGCUCUGACCCCUUAUACACCCCUGAACCGGACACCUGCCAUGAGCUGCUGGGUCAUGUGCCGCUGCUGGCAGAGCCCAGCUUUGCUCAGUUUUCUCAGGAGAUCGGUCUUGCUUCACUGGGGGCUUCUGAUGACUCAGUUCAGAAACUGGCCACAUGCUAUUUCUUCACUGUGGAGUUUGGCUUAUGUAAACAAGAAGGACACUUGCGAGCAUAUGGAGCUGGACUGCUGUCAUCUAUUAGUGAGCUUAAGCAUGCUCUGUCUGGUAAUGCAAGGAUAAUGCCUUUUGAUCCAAAAGUUACAUCCAAACAAGAAUGCAUCAUCACAACGUUUCAGGACGUCUACUUUGUGUCCGACAGCUUUGAAGAGGCCAAAGUCAAGAUGAGAGAGUUCGCCAAGACCAUCAAGCGCCCCUUCACAGUUCGAUACAACCCCUACACCCAGAGUGUGGAUGUGCUCAAAGACACUCUGAGCAUCAACAGCGUGGUGGAGGAGCUCCGACACGAGCUUGACAUCGUGGGUGAUGCUUUGAGUCGACUCAACAAGCAGCUGGGCGUCUGACUGCCCACACUUCAGCUGAAGCUAGCCUCCCACAGCCCAUCCGUGCACGCUGCGUCCCCCCCAACACUGUUGUAGAGAUGUUGCUUGUGUAUCGUUCCCCGUCAGCUCAAUCGCUUUUUUAAGCUGAAUAUUCUUUUGUCGAUGUAAGUUGUGUGAAUGACUAUAUAUACAUAUAUAUACAUGCAUUCGAUGUGUGUUGACUUCUGUGUCAGUGAGCCUUUCAAACCCAAAGAGCUGCUUGAUCUGAGACACGAUUUAGCUUCCAUUGUACUUGGAUUGUUCUUGAUCAUGCAACUGAUGUGCUUUCAUGGUUCUUCACUGCACUUUUACAAAUCCCCAGCUGUUACAAACACUUCCCAAAGCUGUCACUGCUGCUCUUGUGUAUGACAUUGUGAUACUUUUUGUUACUGGUUAAAGAUUUCUUCACUUGUAUUCUUCUUCACUUAAGUGAUACAUAUAUCAUGUACCUUGUUAUUGUUUUAUCUGGGUGAACAUACUUUUAUGCUCUUCUUUGUACUGUCUAAGGAACUUAUGAAAGUAAAACCUUUAACUUCUAUAAAGAGAAAACCUUUCAUGACUGAUUGUGACAGAUCUGGCCCAUUAAGUAAUUGAUUUAGUUUCUAAUGGAUCCUAAAGAAAUUAUUAAUAUUAUUGCACUCUGCAUUUGAAAUUGUUAUUUUUCUACUGUAAAGAAAUGUAGAAAAUACUUCUAUAUUAUGUAUGAAAAAAAGACUAUUAUUAAUAAAGUCUGUUCACAGUCUGUUUCUCAC